AUGUCCCAAGCCGGGCUUCUGCCAGCGGCUGUUCGCUACUCGCCCGCUGAGGCCGUCUCGUCACAAAGUAUCGUGCGCCAUGAUCAACCUCAUGCGGUUGCAACAAAGUUUGUCGCUGCCGCUCCAGUGGCCAAGUUCGCUGUAGCUGCACCUGUGGCGUACCAAGCUGCACCUGCUGCCGUUUCUUACCACGCCGCUCCUGCUCGCGUCGCUUACAACGUCGCACCCGCCGCAGUUACCUACCACACUGCACAAGCGCCGGCAUCCUACCAUGCCACUCCAAUUCAAUAUGCUGCACCUGUCACAAAAGUUCUGUCCCACCGUGAGGAAGAAAUUGCGUACCCAAAAUACGAUUUCUCAUACUCUGUCGCUGACGGUCACACUGGUGACAACAAGUCCCAGCAAGAGUCCCGUGACGGUGAUGUAGUGAAGGGAUCGUACUCGUUCCACGAAGCCGACGGCUCCAUCAGGACUGUAGAAUACUCCGCCGAUGAUCACAAUGGCUUCAACGCGGUGGUGCACAACUCUGCCCCCACCGCUGCUCCAGCUGUCAUCAAGACUCCCGUCUAUGCUGCUCCUGCUCCCGCCCUCUAUUACAAACAUUAA